AUGGCGAUCCGCGUUAUACAUCCCAUAGUCAGACCAGACCAGAACGGUUGGCGUUUCGGGCGAGCGAGGGGGAGAGAGUCGGCGAGGGAGUGGCCGGCGGCGGAGGAGAGGGUUAGAGGGGGCGAGGCGCCGCCGGCGGACGACUGCUGUCCCAUCUGCUUCGGCAGCUUCAUCGUCCCUUGCCGAGGCCCCUGCGGCCACUGGUACUGCGCUGAUUGCAUUUUACAGUACUGGAACCAUGGAGCAGCACUUCAGCCCUGCAAGUGCCCCAUGUGCUCUCAGAAGAUUACUAGGCUGAUCCCAGAUGCAUCAUUGGGCCACUGCCAAGGUGGUGAACUUUUGGAAAAUGUCCAGAAGUAUAAUCGUCUUUUUGUGGGAGGCACGCGUGGCCUCAUUAUGAAAGUGUCUGAGUUGCCAUUGCUCAUGAACAGAAUAAUUCAUGAGAUGAUGGAUCCUGAUGCAGCUGAUAACCCCCUUUUCAAAGCACGCCUGUUUGCAAUAUUUCUGGGUGCCCUCUAUACUGUCAGCCCUUUAGAUUUCCUUCCAACAGCAGGAUCGCGUUUGGAUGUUAUAGACAUGUUUGAUUACUUUGCUAUUGGGCUGGUUUCUAUCCUGUAUGUGGUUGGCCUUUACCGCAGACGGCAACGGUUGCAACAUGUGAGGCAGUUGGUAGCUGUGCAACCUGACACAAUUUGAUUAUCCCAACGCAAAUAUGGCACCGAUCCCCCCUACAUAUUCAUGUGCCAUGACAUCUCCUGGAUUAAUGAGAUUGUUAGUUGCAGGCUUGUGGCCCUUGUAGAUUUAGGCCAAAUCAACCUCACAGUAUGCUAUCGUGCUAAAUUUACUGAGACAGCUGUGCUCAAUUUGGAUGAUGUUGAUGUGCCUUUAAUUGUUGGUCCUGAAUUCAUAUAAAACAUCUCUUGGGAGUGGAUUUUUCUUUCUUUUCUGGUUGAACCAGACUGGCUGGAGCUUGUGAGCAAGCAUGAAAGGUUGUAUAUGUUGUGGUGAAGUUACUUUCCUGACCGACUGUUUCUGUAUAUAUUUGACUUGAGUUACAAACGAAGGCCAAGAACUUGUAUAUAUUUGUUCUGUAUUUUGUUAC